AUGAGGCUGAGCCUGUGUUUCCUCUUACUCAUUCUUGCUGUUUCUUGCUAUAAAGCUAAUGCUGGCAAGGUCUGCAAAGCUAUCGUGCGUGAAAGCUUCAUCUUCAUAUUGUUUAAUGAGGCAGCACUACGGGUGGAACUUGAGAAAUAUGAUGCUCCUGAAGAGGCUGUUGAAGCAAAAAUGAAAGUGAAGGAAUGUAUAAACGAUAUAAAAUUUAUGCACAAAGCUAAAGUAGGACUUGUAUUGGGACUAAUUUUAGAGGAAUGUGGUUUGGAUCCAUGGCUACGAAAACAUCUUUUAUUAAUAGUCUCCUUGAUGCCAAAACUUCUUGGUUCUGAGAACUGA